GGGGCCCCCACUGCUCCCUUCAACCAGGCCCCCAGAGAUCCAUAGCCCAGCCCCACAAGUCCCCACCUCCACCUUCACCUCCAGGAAGCCCUUUAGCACCCCCUUCCCUGAAACCUACCCUGACCCUUGUCUUCUGGAGAGUCUUCUGGAAACCUGAGCUAUGCGGAGCGUGGUCUGUCUCUGGCUGGGGGCAUGGCUGGGGAUAGCCCUGGGGACAACCCCAAGACCUGCCAGCCUAUUGACCCUGCUCAACUCAAACCAAAGUUCUAUGGACCAGGAGUCUCUGAGCAACCUGUUAAAUACACUGGUGGUUUGGGACUGCCUGAUGAGCCGGUGGAAAGGGUGCAUUACCGUGGAGAAUGCCCUGUCCCUGGCAGGUUCUGGGUUGAUUUUGGGUUCCCAGAAUGUGACCCGCUUCUGCGCUGGCAUUGCUCUCUAUCUCAGUGACCCAGAGGGCACAUGUGCUGCCAUCCGGGCUGGCAGCUGGGGCUCCCGGGCAGACAGCCUCUUGGCUUCCUUGGCCUCUGCCGGGGCCCAAUACCCCAUCAUCCUGAAUCAACUUCUUCAGCAGAUCCGAGGGCAUUACCAAGGAGAACCAGGAAAUGGCAAGAGUUGUGUGGGGACACACCAGAUUUUGGAGGAAGCAGCAGGAGCCCAGGGAACUGAAAGCAAAGAUCCAAGUUGGGCUCUGGCUGCCCUCCUGGACCAUGCUCUUGCCGGCUCCUGCUUCCAUGUCCUGCCCAGUCCCCAGUACUUCAUCAACUUCAUCUUCCGACUUCAUGGCAAUGAGUCACGAAACCUUACUCUGCCUGAGUUGCAAGCUCUGAUGAGCCAGCUGAAUGUGGGGAUGAAGGCUGAGGUCCAUCACCAUGGGAGCGAUGAAGAGCACCAUCAUCAUCACAGAAAGAAUGGCCUGGAAUCGAAGGCAAACAGCCAGCUAAGGACUCCUCAAAAGACCCAGAUGAAGGACUCUGAUAGCGUAUGGGACACAGUAUGCCUGAGUGGCUCCGAUGUCCUGGAGGUAUAUGGGUUGUCAGAAAAGGAAGGGGUAUCCCCAGAUGCUUGGGCCCAGCUCAGCCCAGCCCUACUCCAGCAACAGCUCAGUGGGGCCUGCUUAUCUGUUCAAUCCUCCUCCCAGGAGCAACUCAGCAAGUCUGAAAAAUACCUAUAUAGCUCCCUAGCUGUGCUGAUCAUCUGCCUCGCCUCCGUCUUCGGCCUGGUGGUUCUGUUCUGUGCCUCCUGCAAGGAUCUCUCUCACUAUGUCAUCCAAACCUUCCUGGGCAUGGCUGUGGGUUCCUUAACUGGAGAUGCUGUACUUCAUCUCAUCCCUAAGGUACUUGGCCAACAUUCCCAUGGGAACAAAGCUGGGCAUGGAGGUCCUGAGCUUGUGUGGCGGCUCUUGGGUGCAUUGGGAGGCUUCUAUUCCUUCUUCCUCCUUGAGAGCCUCUUCAACAUCCUGCUGCCUCGAGAUUCUGAGGACAAGGAGGAGAGCAGUACUUGCAACCACAGCCACGGAAUGCCCCUGCAGAUGGUGAAGGAUGAACUGUCCCACCAGAAACAGCAACAGCAGCCCGAAGGCUCCAGGACAGACCUGGUAUCAGAGGAGAACCCAGAAAUUUCUGGUCGGCAUCGCAAAAACCUGAGCCGCGAGCUGCAGCUUCUCCCCUACAUGAUCACCCUUGGAGAUGCCCUUCACAAUUUUGCAGAUGGUUUGACGGUGGGCGCCGCCUUUACUUCCUCGUGGAAAACAGGUCUGGCUACCUCCCUGGCUGUACUGUGCCAUGAGGUGCCCCAUGAACUCGGGGACUUUGGCGCCCUGCUCCACGCAGGGCUGUCAGUGCGUCGUGCCAUGCUGCUGAACGUGGUCUCGAGCUUGACAGCUUUUGCUGGGCUCUACGUGGCUCUGGGCAUCGGGUCCAACGAGGAAAGUGAGAUCUGGAUCCUCGCGGUGGCCAUUGGGCUCUUCCUCUAUGUGGCUCUCUGUGACAUGCUGCCAUCAAUGAUGAACGUGAAGGACAAGAGACCCUGGCUGCUCUUCUUCCUGCACAAUCUGGGGCUCCUAAGUGGCUGGGCCAUCCUGCUGGUGCUAUCCCUGUAUGAGGAGAACAUCACCUUCUGAUCCCUCGCUCACCUCGUUGGCUACCUGACUGACAUCUGACCCUUCACUGUCCACCCUCUACUCUCCAUCUCUGAACUGGGCUCAGCAUAGCGCUCUGGCCUCUGACUUCUGACCCCUCCUGUCAACUUGUGUAAUGCACUAGACACUUCUCUGGGAUGCUCUUUGAUAAUUCCUGAGUUGGGGUGCCCCUAGGUGCCCUCCCCACCCCCAUUACCCUCUGGAUCUUUUGAGAUCCUUUCAUUAGGGCCUGAGAAUUUCUACAAAAUACUUUUAACACAGUCUAAAAUGCAUACAUAACUUCCACCAAAAGGGUGAGGAGGGGCUCGUCUCUCACUAUUCCCCAUCCCCACGGCUUUCUAAUCUCCAGUGAUUUCAUGGUCCUAGAUAUCAGUUUCAUGGAACUCAUUCCCUCGGGCCUCUGGGAGUUCCUGCUGCACCUUUUGUGCUAGACACAGGGGAGCUGGUAGCCCAGAGUGAGUUCCAGAAGAUUUGCAAACCUAUUUUUUUUCCCUUUUUCUCGGCUGCUGCAGUGGGAAGGAGGGGAAGAAAGAAAGGAAAGAGGGACUCCAGUGUGGAAGGGGAGCAGGAUAGGGUUCUGGGAAGAUAUUGGAUGUCUGUACAAAGUGGAGAGCUUUCUGCUUAGCUAGAAAUGGGACAAGAUGUCCUGGCUCUUCCCUUUGACAGUAUAAUUCUCUGAGAUAUUUUGAGACUCGAUUAGAGAAUUUUAUCUAGAAUGGUUGUGGUCUUUGCCAUAUCUCACAGAUAGCAUCCUUCCCUACAGUUGCCCUAAUGUGGAGGGCAAAGCUAGGGAUGUUCUCCCAGUGUGCGGAGAUGAAGUGCCACUGUGAUGGGAAGACUGUAACCCACAUUUCCUAGAUCCUAGUAAAAAAGGGAGUAAAAUUGUGUGUGUGUGUGUGUGUGUGUGUGUGUGUGUGUGUGUGUGUGAAGGAUGGCUAGAGAAGUAAUUAUAUAAGAGAUUUUCUGAACAUGUCAGAGAUCUGAAGUUAGAUAAAAGGAUUCUAUGGUGAAAUAAUAGUAUAUGGGUUUAUGAAACUUUUCUAUGUCCUGCAUUCCUUUGGCAGUUUGAUGAUGCCAAAGGACCCCUUAGAAUAAUGUUUUAAAAUGUAUAAAAUAAAAUAUAUAAAAUGAUAAAGAAACUCAAUUAUGUUCAAAUAUAGUAGUUUAACUUUUUUUAAAAAAAAUUUGUGAUUGUGAUUAUCUAGCAGGGUUCUAAUUGAACACAAUUUUAAAGUAGUAAUGAGCAUGAAUGAUAUUUGGAGAUAUUGGCAACACCUUUAAUGUGAUGUGAAAAUAUCUGUGAUUUCUGUUUAGUCAUAAGUACUGCUAAUUUCCUCUUGUUCUUUUGCCUACAUUCCCAAAUGUUCCAUACCAGAACUUAGUGAAAAUAAAGAUGUGAUUUUUCUCUUCA